AUGGACAGGGAAACAUGGAAGGUUUGGGACCUUCCUCAGAAUGGAGGUUCUGACCAUAUGGAGACCAAUGGAGAAGAGAGUCUCAGGGUGGAGAAAGAAAUGAAAGGCAACCUGAAUUUGGUGGAUCUGAACCAGCAGUACAUAUCCCUGACAGAGCUAUCCAAGACUUAUGGGCAGGUGUUCACUGUAUACCUGGGUCCCAAGAAAAAAGUGGUACUUGUGGGUUAUGAUGCCAUAAAGGAAGCCUUGUCAAACCACAGUGAAGAGUUUGAAAACAGGCCGGAAAUCCCGAUAUUUCAAAAGAUAGGGGAAGGACAUGGUAUUGUUUUUAGUAAUGGAGAAACGUGGAAAAUAAUGAGAAGAUUUGCUUUACGUAAUCUCCGUGAUUUUGGAAUGGGAAAAAACCUCAUAGAACUCAAGAUUCAAGAUGAACUACAUUAUCUUAUUAUGUGUUUUGGAUCUCACAAAGGUAAACCUUUUGACACAUCGAUCAUCUUGAAACAUGCUAGUUCAAAUAUCAUCUGCUCCAUCCUUCUUGGCAAGAGAUAUGAAUAUGAUGAUUUCGAAUUUCAGUAUAUGCUGAAGCUCUUGGAUGACAAUGUCAAACUAAGUGGCUCUGCCAUGGUUGAGAUAUAUAAUUACUAUCCUUUUCUGGGAUUCAUGAUUGGAGCCCACAAGACGAUCCUACGGAAUACUCAGAAGAUGAAAAAUUUCUUUGGCAAGGUGUUUGAGGAGCAUGCCCGCCAUCUUAAUGUCAGCCAUUUAACUGGCUUUGUGGAUUCCUUUUUGUUAAAACAGCAGCAGGAAACUCAAAAUCCAAAGACCGAAUUCCACAAGAAAAACUUACUCUUUAGCACACUGGAUAUUUUUGGCGCUGGGACGGAGACCACAUCGACUACACUUUGCUGGGGCCUUCUUCUGAUGAUGAAAUAUCCUGAGGUUCAAAGAAGAGUCCAAGCUGAAAUCAAUAAAGUCAUUAGUUUCAGACGAGACCCUCACGUGCAAGAUCGAAAAAACAUGCCAUACACAGAGGCAGUGAUACAUGAAAUACAGAGAUUUGCCAACAUUGUGCCGAUGGGUGUGUCCCGAAGCGUUUCUGCUGAUAUAAAAUUUCAGGGAUACGUAAUUCCUAAGGGAACAGAGGUGAUUCCCCUGCUCUCCUCUGUCUUCAAGGACGCAACACAGUGGGAGACACCUUACCAGUUCAACCCUGCUCACUUUCUUGAUGCUACUGGAAACUUUGUCAAGAAAGACUGCUUCAUUCCUUUUGGCCUAGGGCGCCGGGUGUGUAUGGGAGAAUCUCUAGCCAGGAUGGAGCUCUUCCUGAUCUUUGUAGGCUUACUCCAGAAGUUCACAUUCAAGCCUGCCCCAGGGAUGGAGCCAGCAGACCUUGACCUCACAGCUCAAGUUGGCUUUACCUUGACCCCAACGCCUCACCUGGUGUGCGCUGUCCCCCGGGAGGAAGACCAUGGCUCUUAA